AUGCUGGCUCCAUCAAAGCUUGCACAUGUUCCACCAGGCCUUCUAAUUCCUUUUCAGUCUUGCCACUCAACGCAUCCCGCAGUAUCGAAAAAGCACGUGAAAUUCUUUAUGCGAGGCAUUUUCACCGCCAGGAUGCGCCUCCUCAUGCUCGCCGGCCUGGCAGUGUGCUGCCUCUCCGCACAGCCCACGUUCCGCGUCCGCUUUGACGUCGAGACGGCCGCGACGGACGGGCCGGGCUCCUUCGAGGUGGAGGUGCAUCCAGAGUGGUCGCCGCUGGGCGCCGAGCGCUUCGCCGCUCUGGUCCAGACUGGCUUCUACGAUGACACUCGAUUCUUCCGCGUGAUUCCGUCAUUCAUGGUGCAGUUCGGUCUCUCUGGCGACCCCGCUCUAAACGCAAAGUGGCGUGCCAAUCAGAUCAAGGACGAUCCGGUCGUCGAGAGCAACAAGCCCGGCUACAUGACCUUUGCCAAGACGGGAGCGCCAAAUUCGCGCACGACGCAGCUCUUCAUCAACUAUGUCGACAACGCGCGCCUCGACGGGAUGGGCUUCGCCCCUUUCGCAAAGGUCCUUGGCGACGGGAUGGCCGUCGUCAAGAAGAUCUACAACUGCGGCGAGAAGCCCAACCAGGGGCAGAUCCAGAACGAGGGCAACGCCUACUUGGACAAGAACUUUCCGGAGCUGUCCAAGAUCGUCAAAGCGACCAUCGUUACAGCCAAGGAGGAGAUCUAGAGGAGGUCCGACAGACGGAGGGUGCGUCCAAGGACGCUCCGCACUACCUUACCAGCCUCGCUGGCCGCCGGGGUUGUGGGGCGCGAGGGCGCGAGCGAGGGCGAGGUGGGAAGGACGCGCGAGCUGAGAUGAACUCUCUUUCGUGUGAUCCUUCACCAUUAUU